AUGAUGACAGAAGAGGAUCGACAGCUCCGUGCAGCAGCUGAAAAUUUUUUAAAUGGCUCACUGCAAUCUCAACAAAGUGGUUCCUAUACACAAAGAAGUAUCAGUAGUAUUAAUCGAGAUUAUGUUAUUAGUGAGGAUUUAAUUGCUGGUGCGCGGUAUAAUGGAAGGAUGUCAGGGGUCAGAAGAUUUUUUUGUUUACUAGUAACGUUCGAUUUACUAUUUACAUGCCUUAUGUGGUUGAUUUGUACAACGAUAGCAGGUGAGAAUAUUACCACUGCGUUUGUAGAACAAGUUCUUCAUUAUACUAUUUCUACGUCACUUUUUGAUAUAAUUAUGGCAGCAGUAUUACGAUUCACAAUAUUACUUUUGUUUUAUGGACUACUGCAAAUAAACCAUUGGUCAAUGGUUGCGUUAACAACUGCCCUAACUUGUGCCUUUCUUGGAGCUAAAGCUUAUUUUUUUAAUUGGAAUGCAGUUUCACAACCUGGCUUUCAGGCUCUUUUAAUUUUAACGUCAUUUGUAAUAGCGUGGGGUGAAGCUUGGUACUUUGACUCUCGUGUUGUACCACAAGAAAUUCAAGCACACGAUUGGUUUAUAAAUUCGAUUGACAAUGAAAGAGCGCCCUUACUUCGUCAUAUCUUGGACAAUGCACCAAGCCGUAUGGCUGAGAGCGUGGGAAAUUUUUUUACACCAUUAGAUUCUCCUAAUCAUUCAGACACAGAAGAAGAUACUUCUAAGCCAGCUUCGUCACCUAUUUCAGACGAUGAAUUUUUUAAUGUUAUAUCAAAUUUACCAAAUUUAUCACAAGAUAAGAUUGAAGAAUACAAAAAAAAAGCAUCACUGCUAAUUGACCAAUCUUAUACACUUUUGCUAUCAAAAGAUUGGCAAAGAUUAAGUACAACAGAUGAAGGAGAUAUUAUUUCAGUAAUGAAUCGGCCUUCUGGAAAAGUUUUAAAAAUUGAGGGAAUAAUAAAUACCUCAGCUAGCAGACUCAUAGAUUGUUUACAUAAUAAUAUUGAAGAUGUAGCAUCUUGGAAUAAAGAUGUAUCAGUAGUACAAAAAAUUCAGACUAUAGAUUUAAACACAGAUAUUGUUUACCAAGCAACAAAAACCUAUGGUGCUGGUUUCAUAGGCCCAAGGGAUUUUGUUACACUACGACAUCGUAAUAAGUGCGGAAAAUAUUAUAUGAGUAGUGGAAUUUCUAUACAUAUUAAUCUACCGAUUCGUAAAAAUCAUAUACGAGCUGAAAACACUAUUGUCUGCUUGGCAGCAGAACCAAUAAAUUCAAAUGAUGAUAGUGAAGCUCAAUGUCGAGUAACUUGGAUACUUCAUCUAGAUUUAAAAGGAUGGAUUCCACAAAGAGUUAUUGAUAACUCUAUUGCGACUAUGCUUGAAAAAAUGAUUAAAUCAAUUCGAUCUUAUGUUUAUCAAUUAUUCCUCAAUUCUGGAUAA